AGGUUUUUUUAAUGCCAGUCGCGAGCUUGUCCGCCAGUUUGUUAGUUUUGCUUGACGAGAGGACUUCGUAAUGGUCGUCAUGCUCCGCGCACUGACUUCCACCAUCUUUCCACGCGUGGGAGCCGUGUCGUGGCGCCGCUAUUCGGCCGCCGCCAUCCCGGCUCCCAACACCCGGCCGGAAGUGCACUUUAACAAGCUGUUCAUCAACAACCGAUGGCAAGAUGCAGAAAGUGGAAAAAGUUUCCCCACAAUCAACCCAUCCACGGGGGAGAUCAUCUGCCAUGUGGCGGAGGCCAGUGAGGUUGAUGUUGACAAGGCAGUGAAGGCAGCACGGGAUGCCUUCAGGCUGGGGUCGCCGUGGAGACGGAUGGACGCCUCCGAUCGCGGCCUUCUUCUCAGCCGCUUGGCAGACGCCAUCGAGAAGGAUGCUGCCUACCUGGCGGAAUUGGAGACCCUGGACAACGGCAAGCCCUACGCCGUCUCUUACACCGUGGAUGUGCCCAACGUGGUGAAAUGUCUCAGGUACUACGCAGGCUGGGCUGACAAGUGGGAAGGAAAGACCAUUCCCAUUGACGGAAAUUACUUCUGCUACACCAGACAUGAACCUGUUGGCGUGUGUGGACAGAUCAUACCGUGGAACUUCCCCCUCCUGAUGCAGGCUUGGAAACUUGGUCCUGCUCUGGCAACAGGCAACACUGUGGUGAUGAAAGUGGCUGAGCAGACGCCUCUCACUGCCCUCUAUGUGGCACACCUCAUCCAGCAGGUGGGCUUCCCUGAAGGUGUGGUCAACGUGUUGCCGGGCAUGGGGCCCACAGCUGGAGCUGCCAUUGCCAGACACAUGGAUGUGGACAAGGUGGCCUUCACAGGCUCCACUGAGGUGGGUCAUCUCAUCCAGCAGGCGUCAGGUGGCAGCAACUUGAAGAAGGUCACUCUGGAGCUGGGAGGGAAGUCUCCCAACAUCAUCCUGUCUGAUGCCAACUGUACGCUGACACCACACUUGGAAUAUUUGUGUUUCUGUUGUGCAGUGGAGGAUGCGGUGGAACAGUCGCACUUUGCACUCUUCUUCAACCAAGGCCAGUGUUGUUGUGCAGGAUCACGCACCUUCGUGCAUGCAGACAUCUACCAGGACUUUGUGCAGCGCAGUGCUGAGCGCGCACGCGCUCGUGUCGUCGGUAACCCCUUUGACCUGACCACCGAACAGGGACCCCAGGUGGACGAGGAACAGUUCCAGAAGAUUCUGGGGUACAUCAAAGUUGGGAAGAGUGAAGGAGCCAGGCUGAUGUGUGGAGGAGGCGUGGCUUCUGACAAGGGUUACUUCAUCCAACCUACUGUCUUUGGAGACGUGCAGGACAACAUGACCAUCGCCAGGGAGGAGAUCUUUGGUCCCGUCAUGCAGAUCCUCAAGUUCCACACCCUGGAGGAGGUAGUGGAGCGAGCCAACGACUCCAAGUACGGUCUGGCGGCGGCCGUCUUCACCAAGGACUUGGACAAGGCCAACUACGUCUCACAUGCCUUGCGUGCUGGCACCGUCUGGAUCAACUGCUACGACGUCUUCGGGGCCCAGGCUCCCUUCGGGGGCUACAAGGCUUCAGGCAAUGGCCGAGAGCUGGGAGAGUACGGCCUGGACAACUACACCGAGGUCAAGACGGUGACCAUGAAAGUACCUCAGAAGAAUUCCUGAGAAUGAAGCAGUCAAAUAAAACUUCCUUCAGCAGAUUUUACUCCUUUGAAUGAUUUUGUACACAAAUGUAUUCAACUAGUAUUCAACUAGUACUUCAACUUGUACUUCAACUUGUACUUCAACUAGUACUUCAACUAGUUUAGUCACCAAUCACAUACGUGACGUCUAGAGUGGCAGACUAGACAAGAGUGUCAACAACUACACAACAUCUUCAAGAAAGGUACAACAUGUUGACUCAUGAUGAAAAUGUAACACUCACACACACAUACUGUGUGUAGUCUGUGUGUCCCUACUCACACCUGACACCUUGUGUCACAUGUCUGCCGCCUAAGGUUUGAGUGCGUAACACAACGUGCACGUGUGUAACACAACGUGCGUAACACAACGUGCGUAAGAGAAGUGCAUGUGUGUAACAUGUGUGAGAGAAGUGCAUGUGUGUAACACAACGUGCGUAAGAGAAGUGCAUGUGUGUAACACGUGUGAGAGAAGUGCAUGUGUGUAACACAACAAGUGUGUAAGACAAUAGGUGUGUAAGACAACUUGUGUGUAAGAGUUUAUCAUUAGCUCCACUAAAGUUGCUUGAAAAGUAGUGACAGUGAUAGCUAGUUUGGAAGUUUUGUAAUUGUGUUAGAGAUCUUCUGUAGAAGAUCUGAAGGGGGAUUGGCAGAGAUAGAUAUCUACAUAUACCCAUAUUCAAGAGUUAUUUCUUUUCUCCAUAGUCAUAUUUGAAAACCGAUAGUGUUUUUCCAUUUGUGCUCUUUAUGGUUGGCGUAUGGAAAAAGACAAGACUUCCGAAGGGUUUUCAGAUCAACUUAGGCGACGCAAAUUGAAUGUGUUUUUUUAGGUUGGUCUCUCCAAAGCUUUGGAAUAAAUUGCAAAAUCCCUA